GUGUGUUGUUGAGUGUUCGAAGAGAUACAGAGUCAUAUAUUACCCUGUGGAUGAAUCGUGAUCAUGCCCUACAGCGAGAACUCGAUUAAGAAAAUGCUCCCGAAGAGUUAUCUUCACAAGCUUGUGGCUCACGACAUAUACGUUGCAAAGGCCUACUUCAAAACGCUCGUGCCCAUGAUGGAUAAAUAUGUUUACAAUGAUGGAACCAUGAAGGAAUUGAUGAGUCUGACUGGAACCAUUCCGGUCAAAUAUGAUGACAAGAUCUACAACAUACCCGUGUGCCUGUGGAUUGAGGAGAGCUACCCGCAGACUGCACCUAUCUGCUACAUCAGGCCCACACGUGAGAUGAUGAUCCUCAAAGGAAACUACACCUCCAGCAACGGAGAAGUGGAGCUGCCUUACCUGGAGGAGUGGAAGAGUGGUGAGUGUGACCUCGUGAGCCUCCUGCAGGUGAUGCAGAUCAUGUUCGGAGACUGCCCUCCUGUGUGCAUGCAGCCUCCCUCCGAGCCUGAGCACGACUCGUGCCGGCUACAGCUCCAGAGACAAGCAGACGUGCUUCCAAAUGCAGAUGGGUGCUUGUGUCUGUCUUUACCCAGAGACGACGGUCAACCUUUCCUUCAAGCGUAUGAAACCAACUGUUAGUGGAAUGUGACGAUCAUGUCAAACUGGUUCUGUGUUUCCUGUGAAGUGUCUCGUCCUGUGUACAGUGUCAGAUGGUAUCCAUUGAUUGUUUUAUAGUUCGUGAUUUUCAGACAAAUGCUGCGAUUCUACUGUAAAUGUUAAAAAGCACCUGAUCGUAUACAGGUACAUUUAAAAUACAAUCCUUUGAGAUUGUUUUAUUUUGUGUGUGGUUAGGAGCCAAAUCACUUUGGCGAUUGUAAAACUGUGUUGAAAGAUGUGAAUUACUUUACUAGCAGCUCAUAAAACUGUAAUUUCACUGCAUUUGUUGUGACAGAGGCCAUAAAGCUUGUGGACUUUUGACUGGAGAA